CGUUGAAGUGGGCGGAGACAUGGCCGGAAACGCAGUGAUUUGAAGUUGCGGUGUGCGAGACUGGAGCUCAGAUGAUCGCGGAGACUGAGUGGUGUCUGUGUGAGGCUGUUACGCACAACUGACAGACAUGUCCGAGAGGCGCUUCUCCGCCAUGGAUGAGGGCUCGCUGCGCAAGCUGCUGGAAGUUACCAUGGACCUAGCAGAGAGGCGGGAGAUCCGCUCGGCAAUUCGGGAACUACGCCGGGAGGAACUGGAGAGAUGUGAGGAAGCACUGGCCUCUAAACGCUUCAGAUCAGAGCGGAACAAUGGACAGGAGGACAAGGAGAAUCAGCCUGGGGCUGACAGGGAAGAAGGGCAACAGAGAGCGCUGAACGCCCUGGCAGGAAGACUGCAGGAGAUGAGCAAUGUGGAUGAGCUGACGGCACUGCUUCGAGGGGCCACAGAGUAUGAAGAGCGGAAGCUAAUCCGAGCAGCUAUUCGGAAAAUACGCAAUGAUGAAAUAGAAGCGGUAUCCUUAGCUGGAAUGCUAGUCGGCACUCACCGGGGCAGUGUCAAGUCCAACUGUCUAGAGAAUAUUGGCGACCUUGUUCCCUCUCUGGCACACGAGAGAGAAGACUUGGAAGAAAGGCAGAAUAUCAAGGCUCAGAUCCAUGAGCUCCGUAAUGCUCAAAAUGGAGGCAGCCAGACAGGCAUGACUGAUCCGGUCUCUGAUAUGGCUUUGCUUCUAAGCAAUCUUUCGAGGGAAAAGUUGUUGUCCUCUUCCACCUCCUCCUCGUCCUCAUCAGAACCUGGAAAUGUGACCCAGUCAUGUACGACAGAACACUCCACACUCAGCACAGACUCUGAGGAAGAUUCUCCACAGGACAGUAGCAACGCAGUGUUCAUAGAGCCAGUAGCGUGGGCCAGCAAAUUGAAGAAAGAGAAACCUCCAGAUACAAUUAAUAUCCUGCAGAAACCAAAUACAAGAGCAGAACCAAAGCUGGAGUCAGACAAAGACAGAAACUUGGCAAAUAAGCUGGGAACUGAUAAUAAUGGAUCCUAUCCAGAAGAAAAGGCAUCAAAGACCUGCUCAGAGCCAGAUGGCCAGGUCCCUAUUUCCCCCUUUCGAAGAGCCAAUUCUGUGCGAGACAGAGUAAAGAAGUUUACAGAAGAACCCCCUGGUAUGCCCCCUCCUUUAGGUUUCAGAUUCUCCAGCAUGAGAGGUGAGCGAAUUCCCUCCAGAGGAGGACUGAUACAGCAACAACAAAACCUUUUCUCUGCUGGUCAGAAAAAUGGUCAAGAAAACGGUCAGAAGGUGACACAGGAAGACAAAGUGACAGCUAGACCUGGACUAAGUCGCACAUAUUCAGGAUUCAGUAACCACAGAGUGGAUAAAUAUACAGCAAGCAGCAACAGGACACAAGACAGUAAAACCCCAUCUGUACCUGAAUUAAACUCCAGUUCAUCCAUAAAAGGAUCCUCGUCUCACAGCUCUGCAGGACUCUGCACAUCCUCUGGGGAAGUGAGUCGGAGACUUCCCAAAAGCCAAGGCUCAUUCAUCCCAAAGCAGGAUGGUGGGAGGAGCAACACGGACCAAUUGCAUGUCACCCAGGCCACAACACAGAGGGGGAAGCAGGUUGAAAACACAGAUAGGACCAUUGCAAGAUCAGUGGAGCAAGGCAGUGUGCAGCCCUCUACACCAGCUCCCUGUACAUCAUCUGUAGACGCUCAAGGUGAUCAGCAGGACGCCGGCAUGAAGACCCUGCUCACCAUUGAGAUCAAAGAUGGCCGAAACCAAGGGUCAAGCGGCCGGCUUGUGGGGCAGCCAGGAAAUCAGCGAGCAGAACUGACUUUAGGGCUGUCUGCUUCCCCUUUCCGAGUUGGCAGCGGCGUUACCACAAGCAGCGUCAGUUCUGGCAAAACCAUCAGUACCAGCAGCAGUAUCAGUGUGGACAGUGGGAUCAGCACAAACAGUGAUCUCCGCAAGGUUGAGCCAGAGCCAGCACAGCCCAGUAAUCAGCAGGUGGAGGUAUUUCUUCCCAGCACAACGGUGAAAGUAGAAGAGGAGAAAAAAAGCAAGCUGACAGCAGAGUCUCUGCGCACUAUAGAGGAUGAGGACGUUCUUGAUAAGAUGUUGGAUAAUACCACAGACUUUGAGGAGAGAAGGAUAAUCAGGACAGCCAUGCGGGAGCUGCGGCAGAGGAAGAGAGAACAACGGGAGAAGGAGCGAGAUCAGCGCUUGCAGGAACUGAAGAACAAGGAGAAGGAGGCUAGGCUGGCACGCAGCACAGAGGCCAGCUUACGGCAGAGAGAAACCUCAAAUCACGGAUCUGCUGUCAGCACCAUCACUAAAACACAGCGACUGGUACAGUCCAAUGAUGGCAGCAAAACCUCCAGAACCACCACUGUGGAGGCCAGCUACAUGAAGCGAUCAGAGAAUGGAGGAACAGUUGUUCAAACAAAAUCUUCAUUUACAGCCACAUCUAAGAAAGUUGGCAGUGUUUUUGAUCGUGAGGAUGAUGGAAAGGCCGCUAUGGAGCGGAGGCAAGCUGAGAGGAAGAAGGAACUCAUGAAAGCACAAAGCCUUCCUAAGACAUCACCUGCUCAGUCUCGCAAGGCCAUGAUUGAGAAACUAGAGAAGGAUAGUGGAAGCCAAUCAAGUCCAGCCUUUGCCAAAGUUGCUACUCCCCGCACUGCUGCAUUUGGUGUUCCUAAUGCUAACAGUAUCAAGCAGAUGUUGUUAGACUGGUGUAAAGCGAAAACCCGAGGUUACGAGCAUGUGAGCAUCCAGAACUUCUCUUCCAGCUGGAGCGAUGGAAUGGCAUUCUGUGCCUUGGUCCAUAACUUCUUCCCUGAGGCAUUUGAUUACAAUCAACUCCAUCCGCAAAACAGGAGGCAGAAUUUUGACCUGGCUUUCUCUGCUGCAGAGUACCUUGUGGACUGUGUCCCCCUGGUGGAGGUUGAGGACAUGAUGAUUAUGGGAAAGAGGCCAGACUCCAAGUGUGUUUUCACAUACGUCCAGUCCUUAUACAACCAUCUCAGGCGGCAUGAGAUGCGUCUACGCAAGAAGGAAUUUUAAGAGAGCCCCCUUAUCCCCCUUGACUUCUCCUGGCACAGCACCAUCACCAUGCGGCUAAUGCCACUGCAGUAGAUCCCAGCUUCACAGUUAACCCCAUGAUCACUAGAGACACUUUUUAUGGGUUUACAUUGUGCUGACAGCAGGCUGCGUGGAGCCCCUGAUUGCACACUUGAUUUAGCUUAUUUGGGUGCUUCCUCCUCUUAGCCUGUAUGUGACCAGAGUCUUGUAAGACUGCAGUGCAAGCUCUUUGGUUAGCUGUCUAGUGCUGUGCUAGUGGGGACCUGCCACUGCCUCAAAUACCUAUUCCCUUCCCACAGAAUUAAUAUAUUUAGGUAAUAUUAUUAAAAUAAAUAUAUAUAAAUAUAGCACACGGCAAGCGCUGGGCCUUUAUCACAGCCACAAGCUUUAGAACAGCUACAUAACUCUCCAUACAUCAUUUUACACACUCAUUGGCUGUCAAUGUGAAACAAAUAGGAAAGCAAUAACGGCACUCAGGUGAGCAAGACUUAGACGAGAUCCAGUGUAACUUUUGUGUGUUCUUUUCACAGGACAGAAAUCCCUUAUCACCAAAUGCUGCUUAAUCUGGAAAUACAGAUUUGGUGCUAGUAGAGCACAGAUCACGGUUGCCAUGGCUUGUGAAUGUGCCUCAUUGUGGCAUGUGACAAUAGUAGUGGCCUAUACAGUACGUUAAAAUAGUCUGAAUUUACUUUUGUCCAUAAUUCAAGCACAUUGGUAGGUUAAACAGACAUAUGUAUUUAUCCAUGAAUAAUUUGUUGAACUUUGUACAUAAGGAAAUUGAUUACGCAUAUUGUUCUUCCAUACUGGUUUACCCUUAAUAUAUAGCAGUAUUAAGGAAUGCAGUUAUAGGAUGUAUCCCGAAUGUUGGAGAGUGAAGCAUUUCCAAACCUGAAAACCUAAACAUUGUUAAAUCUAGUGUUGGAAUUCAAUCCUGUGUUUGCUAUACAUGUUAUAAGUGGUUGUUAAACAACUACUGGGAUAGUAUAUAGAACUGUUCAGGUACAGUUUUACCUGCCAUCAGGAAAAUUGCUUUGCCUAGCUUUUUUCUCUGAUGCCUGUCCAGCCAUUUCCGCUCUAGGUUGGAUUUACAAUGGAGAGCUCAGGAUUGGUUCCUCGCUGCCUAGCUCCUCUUGGAGCCUGGAAACAUUUUUUAAAUAGACCUUUUUGACCAAUAGCUCUAUCCUGCCAUGUUUUGGUGGCCGACACUGGUAUUUUGGAAGGUACCAAAAUGAAUAUUCUGUUUCCCAGACCACCGCUACAGUAUGCGUCCAUUACCACCCAGUGAAAACACAGGCAUGCAGCAUUCUACAUUUGUGGGCAUAAUGUCUUAAAUUGAAUUUUUAGAUAUUGUGGCUUGGCACUUAAGCUCACCAACAGCCGAUAGGUGUAAAUUAUCAACUGCUAACCGGUGCUGACAAGGCACAUUACAGACAGGAUCAAUGGUGUCAUCCCACUACUUUGUCUCUGCUAAAAUGUGUAUUUUUAAAGGGGAAAAAAACAAUGCGUAAAAUUGCAUGGAAUACGUUUUGCCACUUGGAUUUUAUGCAGUUUUACCUUUUUUCCUAGAAUAUAAAUUAACAAGCCUUUACUUUAUUUUACAGUGUUAGCCUUUUUUAUUGGGAUCUCCCAUUUUAUAGAAGAACCUUUUUAAGAUUCAUUGUUUUAUUAUAUAGGAAAGACUAAUAUAGUAUUUUUCCUGUAAUGUUGUUUCUGUGACCACCAUACACCUUAUUGAAACUAUAGUUUAUAUUUCUUAAAUCUUGCAUGAUAUAAUUGGAAAACCUGCCUCAUCGGAUCCCUAAGCUCCGUCUGUUUGUAGGGCUAUUCUGACUGUCUUUACAUGGAGAGCGCCUGUCGUCUUGUAUAAAUAAUCUGUGCUAUACAAUGAAAAUGUUAGCAAUUUUUCUACACAACGUCAUCCACGUUCCUGUUCUACUUUGCAUAUGUAAGACUUGGCUCGUGCUACAUGUUAACACAUUGCAGAGCUGCAUCAGUUAUUUUCAGUCCAAUGAUAUUUAAAGAUGUUCAGGAGAGUCCAAGUGCUGAUUGUGCACUCGAUGCCGCUAGCGAGCGAUGUAGUGGGUACAUAUUAGGACGAUUUAAACACUUUGUCCUAACGACUCGUCAUUAUCAGACAAAUUGCUUAACUUGUCAGCUAAUGUGUAGCCCGCUUUAGAUUGAUUAAACUUUUUCAAAACUUUUCUAUAAGUUCAUAACGAACCCAUGUUUUCGCUAGGACUGUUUCUAUUUAGCGACACUACUGCCUGCCUGGUAUAAAGUAGUUUAUUUUGAGAUGAUGAGCUUGUAUUUAUAUAAAAAAAAUAAGUAAUAAAAAAAACUAUUUUAGCUCUAAUGUAAGUUUUGUGUGUUUGAGCCCCUGCAGGUAACCCUGGCAGUAUGUUGUAGGUACGUGUUUUGCUAACGGAAGUAAACACUACACAGCCAUUGUACGUUAUCACUCAGGUAUUCUGACACUGCUUGAAGUACAUUAAGCUCACUUCUGUAAAAAAAAAAAAUAUAUAUUUUUAGUCUGUCUCCUUUGCAUUUAUAAAUGUAUGUAAGACUGUACAUCUGUCACCACACGUGCAAACACUUUUCUUUUGUCUGUGCAUUUAUAUGUGUUUACUCUUUUUGUAUGAACAUGUCCUAGAAGAUUCAUGUGUGGAUAUUUGUGUUCUAUAGUAAGAUGUGCCUAACACUACUCAUUAGUGUCUAUUUGUUAAAAACCUGCGGAUUAGCUCAGCCUUGUGUUUGUAAUGUUAUGUGAUAGCAAAGCGUGAGAGUCAGAAUUGUGAGUUCCUUUCUUUACUCCAUAAGGAAGCACUCGGAAGCCAUUAUAAACACUUAGCUUAACUUCAAGUUCAUAUACUGAGCAGAUCUGUGCAACUCCUCUCAACUAUGCAAAAUGUCUUUCUGCCCACAAAAUGUAUUGUUCAGCCUGUUGUGACCGGAAAGCUUUGAUCACUCCACAGACACAGCAAUUUUGUACAAGUAUUUUUAUACACCAGCGUGUGCUGUUAUUUUAAUAAAGUUAUAUUAACUAAAA